GUGUGCGUGUAGACGAGCCAAGCUGGAGCGAGAAGGAGGGAGGGAGUCUCUGACAACACGUGGAGCGCGCUGUCAGCAGCCGGCACCGGCCCUAUCUGCAGUAAAUCGCCUCGAGAGAUCCUGGAUCUCUUCGGGCCCCAGCUGAGUCAUCGCCAGAAGCUGGAGCUGGCGGCCAUGAAACAAGUAUGGUUCUUCACUGUGGACAAGGUCGGCAAACCCCGGGGCGGCAACAACAACGACAGCUACGACGACGAAAACAACAACUACAUCCCUGUCCGCAAGGAACAGCUCAACUACCGCUAUGAGGUGCAGAAGAUGAUCGGCGAGGGAGGCCAGGGCCUGGUGCUGCAGUGCCGCGACCACAAAACCAAAACGCUCGUGGCCGUCAAGAUGCUGUCACUGCCCUUGUGGUGAGUCAGAGGGCCUUCCGCGGUGGCCCGCACUCUCGGAAAAUAAUCAUCAAUGAUUGGAGUUAAAGCCGUGAAACUGCCAGUAACUAUGGACUCGCUGACAAAAUACUAACUGCCGCAAAACUUCUGCUAACUAUAAACUAACAAAAUACUAACUGCCGUAAAACUACUGCUAAAUAUGAACAAACUAAAAAAGAUUCUAACUGCCAUAAAACUGCUGCUAAAUACGAACCAACAAAUGUUUAACUGUCGUAAUACUUACUGCUAACUAUGAACUUGCUCACCAAAUAAUAACCUGCCGUGAGACGACUGCUAUGAACUAAAGUUAACUUUCAAAAUAAUAACUACCGUGCAACUGUUGCUAACUCUAAACUAAAAACUAACAGACCCAUAGAGACCCACAGAGACCCAUAGAGACGAACAAAGACACCCAGACCCUGAGAGACCCAUAGAGGCCCACAGCAACAC